AUGGCUCCAUCAGCAACAUCUCCUGCUCCAGAGGAGACUACUACAACCGCUACCAUCCUCAGUUUGCGCAAAACCCUUUGCUCAGAAGCCCAACCUAUCGGUCUCCGAUUCCGCGCCCUCUUUUCCCUUAAACAUUUCGCAUGUAUGCCAUCUUCACCCUUAAAUGUUCCCGCCAUCGAAGCCAUUGCAGCUGCAUUUGCCUCUCCAUCCGCGCUCUUGAAACAUGAGCUUGCCUAUUGCUUGGGUCAGACCAGGAAUCUUGAGAGUUCCAAAUUCUUGAGAGGGGUAUUGGAGAAUCGAGAGGAAGACAGUAUGGUCAGACAUGAGGCUGCUGAGGCUCUGGGUGCUUUGGCAGAUAGGGAUUGUCUGCAGUUGCUCAAAGAGAGGAGGGAUGAUCCUAAUGAGCCGGUUGAGGUUAGGGAAACGUGCGAAUUGAGUGUUGAGAACAUCGAGUGGGCACAUUCGGACGCUGGCAAAGCAGAAAAACUACGACAAUCGGACUUCGCAUCGAUUGACCCUGCUCCACCAACCGCAGAAGAGAACUCAGAAUCACUAUCAGUCGAGAAACUUGAGGAAACCUUUUUGAAUACCAAAGUUCCUCUAUUCAUCCGAUACAGAGCCAUGUUUGGUCUCCGAGAUCUUGCAUCACCCCCGGAUCUUCCCACCGCCGUCCCUGCUGUUCUUGCCUUGGCUAAAGGUCUCCAUGACAAAUCUGCACUUUUCAGACACGAAAUUGCUUUCGUUUUCGGACAACUGUCUCAUCCAGCAUCCAUCCCUGCCCUUACUGAUUCUUUGAGUAAUUUGGAGGAAGUCAGUAUGGUCAGACAUGAAGCGGCCGAGGCUUUGGGAAGCUUAGGUGACGAGGAAGGCGUCGAGGAUACACUUAAAAAGUUCUUGAACGAUAAGGAUUCGGUUGUGAGAGAUAGUGUCAUCCUUGCGUUGGAUAUGGCGGAGUUCGAGCAGAGCGGAGAGACCGAGUAUGCGCUGAUCCCAGAGAAGGAAGCUGUCGCAGCCGCAUAA